AUGGACUUUAUACAAGACUACGCAGCGCUUAUCCCGCGCUUCCUCCCACCCUCCUUUGCAAGCCCCCUCCUCCAACUCCUCACAACCUUCUUCGGCAUCUCGCGCACCCUGACCACGCACCUCUCGCCUCUCCUCAACAAACUCAUCACACAGCCCGAUGUCGCCUCCAUCCUCGCCCUGCUCGCCAUAUUCUUCAUCUCGCUCAAGAUCCUGGACAUGAUGUACCGAGCCGUCAUCUUCUGGGUAAACCUGGCUUUGCGCCUGGUUUUCUGGGGCGGGAUUCUCGUCGUGGGCUUCUGGGUAUACAACAGGGGGCCUUAG